GAACUUCCAGCACCUCUCACAAUUUCAGAAGCUCCGAUCGGUUAAUAUUCAACUUCUUCAAGUCCAAAUUCUGAUGAACGUAGGGACAGCGUAUCAAGUUAUCUUGAGUCUGGGGAUCGUAUUGCCUCACAAUAAUCCAAUCCUUAUCGAUAGGGAAGCGAUCUACUAGACUUUGACCCCGGGAAAAGGCGCACCACUCCCCCCUACUCAUCCAACAACAAACUCGAUUUAUUCCUCCGCCAGCAACAUUCAAUCCAGUAAUCCAGAAGAGAUGGCACCACCGAAGUCUAGACCAGCCAAGAAAACUGGGAAGAAAACGGCUAAGGAACUCCGUGGGGAGCACGAACCCCAAUCAAUCAUUCCUGUCGACCUGCAGCAACUACUUCUUAACGUUUUCAAAAACUCUUUCGUGGAGAGGCUGGGUGCCGAUUUCAAGCCUCUGCUUCAAGAAGUCAAAGGACAUCUUUACAAUCGGGAUUUUCUCACUGCUUUUGGCCGGAAUGACUACCUCGAAGUUUACGCUGCCCGAUGGAGCCCAUCCCGAGCACUGGGAUAUCUCGACAUCUUCGCUAGUCUGAACGACCUAAAUCUGUCCACUCCUUCUGUAAACCAGCAAGAAGACCGAAGAGAGAUUGUGUGUAUUGGGGGCGGAGCCGGUGCCGAGAUUGUUGCGUUGGGUGGCUACCUGGCCUACUUACAGAGGACCAACCAAAUGCCGUCGCCUCAACCUCAGAUGAACAUUAAAUCAAUAGAUAUUGCAGACUGGGCAAUAGUUGGAGACAAACUACACCAGCAUUUGACGACUGCUCCUCCCAUAUCACAGUACGCAUCUGCGUCUGCGAAGGCCUCCAACGUACCGCUCCUGGAUUCCGACUUACUGAAUGUCUCGUUUAAACAUGCCGAUGUACUGAACCUGGAUGCAUCUACUCUACGUCCUCUUUUCCAGGGGGUGAAGCUUGUCACAAUCAUGUUCACACUCAACGAACUCUAUUCGACUUCCCUGGCCCUAACGCAAAAGUUCUUGCUCAAUUUGACUGAAUGCCUAGACGAAGGAGCUCAACUAUUGGUUGUUGACAGCCCAGGCAGCUACUCCACUGUCACACUGAACGGUGCAGAGAAGAAGUACCCGAUGAAGUGGCUACUUGAUCACACACUGUUGAAGCAAGGCCCGAAAGGCGAGGAACCACCAUGGACGAAAGUAAUCGAAGACGAAUCGAGAUGGUUCAGACUCCAGACUGAGCUGAACUAUCCAAUAGAGCUUGAGAAUAUGCGUUCCCAAUUGCAUCUUUAUUCACGUUCGACGUAAUGCCACUACAGAUACUAUUCACAAUCGCUCCAGCAAGUGCUAGAAACAGUCAUCAAGCCCACAUUUGAAUAUGCAAGAGUCCAAAUCAGAGCUGGAAAGCCGAUGUCAGACAGGGGUAUAUCGCAAUUGGGGUUUGUUGAAUGGUUCAGCCCUGUAAUUGUUGGCGCAGCGUAGGCGUUCGCAUACGGCACGAGUUUCCCAACCACAACUACUUAUUCCUUUGUGGAAUCCAGAAUUGGUCUCGAAGAACCUGGGCUGACCUUCUCAUGCCACAAUAAAAUCCUUUUCGACCGUUUGGCCAGUCUGGAAAAAGUGCGUUCAGCCGAAGUCGAGGGAGCGCUUAGGUGCUCGCGUCGGGUGGCCAAUGAGCAUCGAGAAUUGGCUUUCACAGAUAGAAGCCCUAC